AUGAAACAAUUCCUCAGAUUAUUUCUCGUUCUCGUUUUCAUCACUGCCGUAUUUGCAGCUCCAAUGACGAACUUACGCAAGCGUCUCGGAGAUGAGAAGGAUUGCAAAACAAAAUCAAAAUUAUCUGAUGAUGUGGCCUUUAAAGAUAACGUACCAGUAGAAAAUAGCGAUACAAAUUAUUUUUCUUUCUAUAAUGAACCAACACCACCACCUCUGAUUCUCGAAACCGAAGAGCUCAAAAGUAUUGGUUCCGAUACAUUAGAAUGCAAAUACAUGUUUCCAUUGAUGCCUACCCGUAAAGAGGCAUAUAUUCAGCUUUAUGAUGCCUUUACGGAAAACGAAGUGAAAAUGAAACGAUUUAUCAAAUUAUUUAUAAUACUCGCUUUCAUCGUUGCUGUAAUGGCAGCUCCAAUGCCUAUUCAAAAACGGGUUUCAGACUGCCCUGAUGUAGAAAAAGAUGAUAGAGCAGUCACGAAUUCAGAGGGAAAUGAUUGUCCUGAAAUCAUUAAUAUUAUAUAA